AUGCUCUUCGUCAUCGUCAUUGACGUCCUGAACCGCCUCUUUCUACACGCCACCAACUGCGGUCUGCUUCAAUGGCUCACCGAUCGCCACAUGUCCACGAGCCUCUCGCUCUACGCCGACGACGUCGUGCUGUUCUGCCGCCCCGAUGAGCGUGACCUCGCCGCGGUCCGCUGCAUCCUUCAGACCUUUGGCACCGCCUCGGGCCUCCACCCCAAUUUGGGCAAGUGCGUCGCGCUUCCCAUCCGAUGCAACCCCGAGCUCCGCGAAUCCCUCCCCGGCCUCUUCCCCUGCCCUCUUGGCGAGUUCCCCGUCAAGUACCUCGGUCUCCCGCUCUCGAUCCGCAAGGUGCCUGCCUCCGCUUUGCAGCCCUUCGUGGAGAGGUUGGAGAAGAAGCUUUCCCCCUGGUGGGCGACCAUGCUCUCCCGCGGCGAGCGUCUGGCCCUCGUCCUCCACGUCUUCUGCGCGAUGCCGACCCACAUCUUGAUCGCCAUGUCGAUGCACGGAUCCAUCCUUCGGCAAGUGAACCGCCUCAUCCGCGCUUUCCUCUGGCAAGGCCGCUGGUUAUGGCUGCGCAAGACAGACCCCACCCGCCCAUGGGCACACCUCCACAUCCCCAGCAGCCCGGCCGUGCAGGCCAUCUUCCAGGCCUCCACCUUCUGGACUGUUGGUGACGGCACGUCCUGCAUCUUCUGGGAAGAUCACUGGAUCGAUGGUGCCUCCAUUGCCGAGCUCGCACCUCUCGUCUUCGCCGCGGUGCCUCGUCGGCACCGCAAAACGCGCACGGUGGCCGCGACCCUCGACUCCCGCGCAUUGAUCCACGACAUUCUGAGCCCGCUGAGGCCCUCGGCCCUCGUGCAAUACAUCCACCUCUGGAUUCGGCUCUGCCAGAUCACCCUCACCGAUGCCCCAGACACCAUCACUUGGCCCUGGACUCUGACUGGCGUGUACUCUGCCAGAUCAUGCUACAAGGCCCUCUUCGCCGGGUCCACGAUCGAGCCCUCCUGGAAGCUCACCUGGAAAUCUUGGGCACCUCUUCGCGUCAAAGUCUUUCUCUGGCUAGCUUUUCAGGGACGAUGCUGGACCGCCGACCGCCUUGCUCGUCGCGGCCUCGCCCAUGCCCCGCUCUGCCUUCUCUGCGAUCAAGAACCUGAGACCAUGGAGCAUCUCCUCGCUGGCUGCCCCUUCUCCAGGCAGGCCUGGCAUGAGAUCCUAUCCUGGUACCGCAUCACGGACACCCCGCUUCUGGACUCCGCUUCGGACUUCCGCGACUGGUUCUCCUCGGCGGUGCAGAGCGCGCCGACCGUGCUGCGCCAUGGCCACGCCUCGCUGAUCAUCCUCACGGCUUGGCGCAUUUGCAAGGCACGGAACGCCUGCGUCUUCAAUGGUGCAGCGCCCUCGAUCCCCCUCCUCGUCAACGACAUCAAGGAGGACGCUCGCGGCUGGGCCGCCGCCGGAGCCAAAGGGCUUGGCAACCUGCUCCCCAUGCCGUAG